GCGAUGCGGAAGAUAAUAAGCUUUGUACAGUUGUGUGAGUGCGCCGGCGCGCUUGUGUGUGUAAAGCGCGUAAAAGCACCACCUCCAGCAGCAGAGAGGGGUUCCCCUUUCCAGCAGCUUUACGCGCAGAGAAGAGAGUCUGACACAAGCUUUUCAUGUGUCAAAAAACGGACAACAAGCAACGAGGAAGUACCGCAGAGAAAACGACUGAACACUGAACUUUUCUUAAAGUGAAAUGACCAGAUUUUGAAGGUUAAAUUGAACGCACCUCUCUCUUCGUGCGCUCUCACGGCGGAUUUAAUGCCCAAAGAGAGCAGGAGAAAGAGCUCCAAGGACAUCUGGCUCUCCGGGAAGGUUUGCGAUGAUCUCGUCUCUCAGAAAGCCGCUCAAACAACCGGAGGAGCUCGGCCGACUGUGAUGAUGGAUGCUCCCCGGGUACCGCAGGUCACCAUCACCCCGGAGGCAGGCGGCUCCUCCCGGGAGAUGCAGCAGGAGGACUGGGAUGAUCCUGUGGACGGCACGCUGCGCAGGAAGCUGUCCAACUCCUCCAUCUCCUCCACGGGCUCCUCUGUUGUGGAGUCCGAGGAUGAUUUACUCAGCGACAACGAGAGCAAAAGCAAAGGCAUCAUCACUUUGGAGCACCUGGUGGACGCUGGAGAGAGCAAGCCGUGGCGGAAGUUGAAGACGAUCGUCAACUGGCCCUUCAGUGUUACGCCGAGACGAAAACUGAACUGGGUUCAGCUAGCCGGGCAUAAAGGUAACUUCAAAGCAGCGGACAAGGGCAACAUCCUGAAGAAGUUCUCGGAGAACGAGAUGCGGUGCUUCGAGAAGCUGAGGGACGACGUGCUGCUCCCAUUCGUGCCCGGUUACCAUGGCACCGUGGAGAAAGACGGAGAGUCUUUCCUACAUAUGACUGACCUGCUGGCGAACUUUGACCUUCCCAAUGUCAUGGACUGCAAGAUGGGAGUGAGGACGUACUUGGAAGAGGACCUCGUCCGGGCGCGGGAGCGGCCCAAGCCGAGGGAAGACCUGUACAAGAAAAUGAUGGAGGUGGACAGCGAAGGCCCGACUCCCCAGGAGCAUUCCCAACGAGGUGUCACCAAGCCGCGCUACAUGCAGUGGAGGGAGACCAUGAGCUCAACCCACACCCUGGGCUUCAGGAUAGAAGGGAUCAAGAAAUGUGACGGUACGUGUCGGACUGACUUCAAGAAAACCAGAUCGAAGCAGGAUGUCAUCCAGGUGUUCAGGGACUUUGUCGGAGGAAACGUCAACAUCAUGAAGUCUUACCUGAGCAGACUGACGGAGAUCCAGCAGGCCCUGAAGAUGUCCGAGUUCUUCAAGCAACACGAGGUCAUCGGCAGCUCUCUCCUCUUUAUCCACGACCACACGAGCACUGCACAGGUCUGGAUCAUUGACUUUGGCAAGACCACGGCGUUACCAGAGGGCCAGACGUUAAACCACGACAUUCCCUGGCAGGAAGGCAACCGGGAGGACGGCUACCUGUGGGGGCUGGAAAGUCUCAUCCACACUCUGGAGUCUGUAAGCAACGAAGUGACGAACGAAGAAAGCUCAGUUACCAAAGAAAAUAUAACUACAGAAACAGAUGGUCAGUGACCUUUGACCUGUAGCUCGGUGAAAGGAAGUCAAACUAUUUUAAUGGACACCACAGAGAGGUUGAUUUGCUUUGGGUGCUCGAUGAUAAUAAAAAACAUUUUGUGUGAGGAGCUUCAUAAAGUCACUGACAGAGGAGACAAUGAACAGAGAGAAGCAGAGAAUUUGUCACUAGUUGCUGAACGAUUGAGCAAAUGAACUGACACUAACUCAACUUCCUACUAAAUGAACAGAAGUGAAAGUGUAGGGAUUCUGCAUUUCAGUUUCAGGGACACGUGAAGGAAAUACUCAGUCCUCCUUAUUGCCAUUUAACCCUCAGCAUAAUAUUAAAGGGCAGUAUGAAACUCACAGACCUCCGUCAUAUAACUACAACAUAUAAUACUGCAUACUGUGUAAUGAUUAGAGUGUAUUAUCUGCGUUACUGUUCUGACAAACUCUUUUAUUACUUUUCUUUCACUGAUUUUAUUCCUGUAAUCAAACUUGUAAUUAUUUCAAUUUCUUUGUUAGAGCACAUUUGUUUAUGAGGGGUGGAAGUAAUGGAAAUUGGAGGUGAUGGAAAGGCGUGUGAUUUGACUAAAUUAAGCCGGAAAAAUGGAUGUGAAAGGAAAAAUGGAGAGAUGAGUCAUCAAGUGAGUAGGGCUGUGUUUUGGCAAGAAUCUGGCGAUACGAUACGUAUCAUGAUACAGGGGUUACGAUUCAAUAUAUCGCGAUAUUACUGUAAGCAAGGCGAUAUAUUGUAAAUUGUUUUAAUCUAAUUUAAGGAAAACUGUCGUAUAAAGAACACACCACCUUAUGCAUAAAAUCUGAGUAACUUUGUAAUUUUUUAAGCAAUCAUAACAGUUGGAUCUGCAUUUAUCACACUCCUGUAACAUCCAACAUCACAGCACUACUUUUAAACUAUUAAUUAAAAAUCAAUACAGCGUUUUUGAGAAUCGAUACGGUAUCACGAAAUGUAAUAUCGUGAUACUCGAAAUUUUCUUACACCCCUACAAGGGAUUUGAUUCAUUUAAAGCCGAUUUGACAAAAACAGUCGCGAUAUGAUGAAAGCGGAGCCAUGUUUCAUCAUUUUUCCCAUCUUACAUUCAUCAUUCACAACACAAAAUUGCCAUUUAUCACUUAAGGAAAGUGGCCUCAAGAUGAUAAAGGGCAAUUUUGUGUUCUGAAUGAUGAAUGCAAGACGGGAGAAAUCAUGAAACAUGGCUCCGUUUUCAUCAUAUCACGACAGUUUUAGUCAAAUCGUCUUUAAAUUAAUUCAAUCACUUGAUAAUUUAUCACUCCAUUUUUCAUUUCACAUCCAUUUUGACGGCUUUCUCUUUCAAAUCACAUGCAUUUAUAUACAUUUUUGUUACUUCCACCCCUCAGAGUCUUGGUCCGUGAUGUUGGUGCAUAUGAAAUGAAUGAAAAUGUCUAUGGAAUUAAAAAGGGCAAAUACUGUUA